AUGUUUGCCGUGAUCCAAAAGAGACUUCAAUCAACAGUGGCGACCCCAGUCAGAAGACCAAACACCUCGUUGCGGGGAGUGUUGCUGGGUUUUUUCACCGGCGUUUCGAUCACCGGAUUCGGCGCCUACUACUACUUGCUCGACGAGUACAAGGCCUCUUCAGAUGCCGUCGUUUCCGACGUGCUUUUGCUACAAAAGAGUAUCAGAAAAUUGGAGGGUCAUGUGCGCACCCUUGAAGACUCUUUAGAGAAAAAAUAG